AGUUUCAAAAUUACGUACAUUUGAACAAAGCAGAAGCUCUACAAAGCUGCAUCCAUUUUGUACAAAUAUCAAAUCUAAUUUGUAGUUGCUUUAUAUGAACAAUCGCAUCACAUGUGUAAGUUAAACCAAAACACAACUCACAAUCCUCUUUUAAGUACUCCGAGUAGAUCAACUACCACGUUCUCUUCUUUAAAUCCGCCGACUCGACAAACAAAACUUUAAAAGUUGCUCCAAAUGCUCAAUUGUAAACUUUUCAACACAGUCAUUAGAUUAAUCCUAAGCAAAAUGUUCACAUACGGAUUACCUUCUAACGAAAGAAACAACAAUCGAAAAAAUCACUACAGAACUGGCAUUUACAUUUUCACCUCCGGUUAAUCAAACUAGGGGGGAAAAAAACAGAAACAAGAGAAAAACAGAGACGAGCGAUGAAUCAAACCGCAGAGAUCCAGCCAGCCUAGGCCUGUCAAUCCGGUUUCGGGUUUUCGGGUUAACCCAAACCCAAACCGGUUUUUCCAUUCUCGGUUUCGGUUUUUUGGGUUCAACCCAAUAUCUAUAGUAUCGGUUUCGGGUUACUGAAACCCGCAAAACCGAAAAGCAACCCGCAAAACCGAAAAUUGAUACUCGGGCAGUGGGACUUCACGCUGUCGUUUUGGGAAGGAGAGGAAAAAAAAGAAUGUACAAAAAUGGCUGCGUUGACUUUCUUCUCACUGGAGCUGAUAACAGAGGCGGCUUCGAAUUCGACGCUGGCCUUCUUCUUCUGCAAUCUGAUCAUCAUCACCAUCCUCGUCGCCUCGAAACCUCCCCCCGGCGGCGGAAGCCGAAUUCGCCGCGUGUCAAUGCUGGAAACCUCGUACGUCGCCGUCAAUCGGCAGGAGGAGAAGGUCGUCGUCGUCGGCCGUGCUCUGCCGCCAAGCGAUGAAAACAGAGCAUCGCCGCUGUCGGAAACUAAGGUCGAGAUGGUGAUCAGUAUCCACCAACAAGAACAAGAAAAAGAAUUUGAUGACAAAUGCGGCAGCAAAGUGAAGAAUGGAAAUGAAGAAGAAGAAGAAGAAGAUGAUGAUGACGAAUUGAGAAGGAGAUUCGAAGAGUUUAUAGAGAAGAAUAACAAGGAAUGGAGGGCAGAAUUGCUCAGAACAUCGCGGCAGCUGUAGACAAAGAUUAUAAUCUGGGUCUUCAAGCUCGUUGAUUGCGUUGACAAAUUCUGUCAUUGGGUCGAACCAAACUAAACCCGCCAGCAUCAAUUUCGGGUUCCAGUACCCGAAACCCACAAAAGUGCAGUCCGGGUUCGGUUUCGGGUCGUGUGGGCGUGGGUUCGGUUGUUUUCGGUUUUUGGGUUCGGUUAUCCGACCCGAACCGAACCGACAGGCCUAAGCCAGCCAGGUCUACAAUCUGCGAAAGAAGAGGUCAUAAAUCCCCGAAACGAUCCCCAAAGUGCUGAACAACACAACCAAAUAGUAAAUCACAAUGUACGGAUCCUCUUCAUCACCACCAGAAGAAGAAUCAGCUGUCGAAGGGCCGGCGGUGGUGGAGGAGGAAACAGCUCCGCCGCCGCGACGUAUGGCAGCCGGAGAUGACAUGGUGAGAUCGAAGGAGAGGUUGAUUAUCAUCGCGGACAACGUAAAUGCCUGCAGAAGAAACAGACAACGACGACGAAGAACAACAUCUUCCUCCACUCCCCCGCCGCCCUCCUGCUUUUCUUCUCCACCCUCCAUUUUUCCCCCCUUCCUCUGUUUUUCCCCCCAAAGCUGACGAGUGUAUACAGACUCAGCUAGGUAUAAAAUCCAUUUCUCCUCCAUCACUUGUUCUUUAUAUAUAAUCCAUUUCUGACUUCUAACUGCACCUGGAGGUUUGGAUAAGGUGGGCACAGUACUAGACGUAAGCACGUGUUUACAUCGUUGGAUCGUGAGUUCUUGUAUUCUUAGUCAUUGGAUGUAUGUGGCCGUCGCGAAAAAUUGUCACACUGAAUGCACUGAAAUCUCCAAUGGUUGGAUCUGGCAAGACCCACGAUCCAACGAUGUAAAUACGUGUUUACGCCAAGCCUUGGUGACGCAUGGGAUGCUAACCCGGGCGAUUGCUGGAAAUGUAGUCCGGUUUUCUUGAAACCAAAACAGAGUGCACCUAAAAACGUAAUAGCAAUAAGUGACUUGUUGCUUGAAAGAGUAAGAAGUGCUUUCCCCAAGUUGGGGGGAGGAUGCAGAGAGGGUAAGCUAGCUAGAGAUGGAAAUGUGGUUGGUUGUGGCUUGGGCGCUUGGCUCUGGCUGUUUGCGUCAAACGGUAACUUUCGUAGUAAAUAAUGAGCCCUCGUGAAGGACAGAUGGGUAGGAAACCUGACAACACAAACAGACGCACUAAAGAGUGUAAGAAGGUUUCAAUUUGGUUUGGUUUGGUUUGGUUAACCAAACCAUUAAGUAUGAAAAAUCAAAAACCAAAAAUCAAAUUCCAAAAACCAAAAAACCAACACGUACUCAUACACUCAUAUUUAUUCCCAUUUUUCUUUUUUUAUUGAACAAACGUCAUAAUAAUGGUAAAUGACCAUUACAAAUUAUUGGUUGGCAUGCGUGUCAAAAGAAAAAAAAAAUAUUUGUUGAUAAAUAAUUUUAUUCUUAUUGAUUUCUUAAUGGUUUCUAUUGGUUUUUCGCUUUUAACAAACCAAAAUCAUUAAGUUGCUUAUUGGUUUAAAACCGAAAAACUGAAACCAUUAGUUUUCCAAUUGGUUUGGUUUCGGUUGAAACCAAAUGGACAGCCCUAGUUGUGAGUCGUUCACUUUAGCACCUUAAGUUUCAUGGAUUGACAUGAAACUUUACCUCUAAAGCACUUCUACCUUUCUUUAAAUCAUUGGAAAACAAAUUGAAGUUGUGCCAUAAUCUUAUAGGUACAAGUUAAGGUUGUACCAUAAGGGAACAUGCACCUUUAUGAGUUGUUCGUAACAUAAAGUACAAAUUUAAUUUGUACCAUAAUUGAAUUGGUACAAAAGGGUAUAAGUAGAACCUGAAUUUGUACCAUAAUAUUAAAGGUAAGAUUUCAAUUUGUACCAUAUAGAAAAACAUACUAAAGCACCAAUACUUUAAAGUAUUGUAAAAUUCCUCUACCUCUGGAGCUAACCUAAGGUCUAAAAUGAAAUAUAGUCUUUUAG